GAAGGUUAAAUGCUCUGGGGGAUAUUUUUAAACAGCAGGGGCUGGUUAAUCUAAAAGUGACAUUUACGGACACAGCCGUGAGCUGCCAGCAGCUCAGAUCCGGGCCUCAGCCACCAAGGAGCUUGAAAAAUGUCACCGUUGUCUGAAUGGUCUUGCUUCUCUUUCUAACCUGCCUGGUUUUCUCCUGCCUGACCUUUUCCUGGUUAAAAAUCUGGCGGACAAUGACAGACUCCAAGCCACUCACCAACAGUAAGGUGGAAGCGAGCCUCCUUCCAAGUGAGGAGUCCUCUCCGGCCUCAGACAGGUCAGAGGAGCCACUGCGGAAACAUGGCCACCGCAGUUCUCCAUCGCAGACUCCUGACCGGGAGGAACCGGCCUCCCCCCGAGGUCCCAGAGAUGCCAGUUGUCGGAGGAACUCCCUGCCACCCUCACACCAGAAGCCUCCGAGGAACUCACUGUCUUCAAAUGACACCUGCCCCUCCCCAGAACUUCAAACCAACAGGACAGCGGCCCAAGGUCCAGAGGUCCCGGAUACCAGCACUUUGUCCUUCCCAGCCAGGCCUCCAGGACAGCGGGCCAAAUCCCCCUCCAAAGAGGACAAGAAGCAGGCCCACAUCAAGAGACAGCUGAUGACCAACUUCAUCCUGGGCUCCUUCGACGACAACUCUUCUGAUGAGGACCCCAGCGCUGCCUCCUUCAGGGACUCUCCUCGGAAGAGCAGCAGGCCCAGCCUGGGCACCCUGUCCCUGGAGGCCGUACCAAACUCCAGCGACCCUGAGUCCCGCACACCCACUAUGAGGCCCAGCAUGUCUGGACUCCACCUGGUGAAGAGAGGCCGUGAACAUAAAAAACUGGACCUGCACAGAGAUUUCACCGUCGCGUCCCCAGCUGAGUUCGUCACCCGCUUUGGAGGCAAUAGGGUCAUUGAGAAGGUCCUCAUCGCCAACAACGGCAUCGCUGCGGUCAAGUGUAUGCGCUCCAUCCGCCGCUGGGCCUAUGAGAUGUUCCGUAACGAACGUGCCAUCCGCUUUGUGGUCAUGGUGACCCCUGAGGACCUUAAGGCCAACGCAGAGUACAUCAAAAUGGCGGACCAGUACGUUCCUGUCCCAGGAGGGCCCAAUAACAACAACUACGCCAACGUGGAGCUGAUCGUAGACAUUGCUAAGAGAAUCCCUGUGCAGGCCGUGUGGGCUGGCUGGGGCCAUGCGUCGGAAAACCCCAAACUUCCAGAGCUGCUGUGCAAGCAUGAGAUUGCUUUCCUAGGUCCCCCCAGUGAGGCCAUGUGGGCCCUGGGAGAUAAGAUCGCCUCCACCAUCGUAGCCCAGACGUUGCAGAUCCCAACCCUGCCCUGGAGCGGAAGCGGUCUCACCGUGGAGUGGACGGAGGACAGCAGGCACCAGGGUAAAUGCAUCAGCGUCCCAGAAGACGUCUACGAACGAGGCUGUGUGAAAGACGUGGAGGAAGGCUUGGAGGCGGCAGAGAAAGUUGGGUUUCCACUCAUGAUCAAAGCCUCCGAAGGCGGCGGAGGAAAAGGCAUCCGCAAGGCUGAGAGUGCAGAGGACUUCCCGAUGCUCUUCAGACAAGUGCAGAGCGAGAUCCCGGGCUCGCCUAUCUUUCUCAUGAAGCUGGCCCAGAAUGCGCGGCACCUGGAGGUCCAGGUCCUGGCAGAUCAGUAUGGAAACGCUGUGUCGCUGUUUGGACGCGACUGCUCCAUCCAGAGGCGGCACCAGAAGAUUAUCGAGGAGGCGCCAGCCACCAUCGCCGCUCCAGCUGUGUUUGAGUUCAUGGAACAGUGUGCCGUCCUCCUGGCCAAGACCGUGGGUUACGUGAGCGCCGGUACAGUGGAAUACCUGUACAGCCAGGACGGCAGCUUCCAUUUCUUGGAGCUGAACCCACGCUUGCAAGUGGAGCAUCCGUGUACUGAAAUGAUCGCAGACGUCAACCUGCCCGCCGCACAGCUGCAGAUCGCCAUGGGGGUGCCCCUGCACCGGCUGAAGGACAUACGACUUCUGUAUGGAGAAUCCCCUUGGGGAGUGACCCCCAUUUCUUUUGAGGCCCCUCUGAGCCCUCCUGUCGCCCGAGGUCACGUCAUUGCAGCCAGGAUCACCAGUGAAAACCCGGAUGAGGGUUUUAAGCCAAGCUCGGGGACAGUCCAGGAGCUGAACUUCCGCAGCAACAAGAACGUAUGGGGCUACUUCAGCGUGGCGGCUGCUGGGGGCUUGCACGAGUUCGCGGACUCGCAGUUCGGGCACUGCUUCUCCUGGGGCGAGAACCGGGAAGAGGCCAUUUCCAACAUGGUAGUGGCUUUGAAGGAACUCUCCAUCCGGGGUGACUUCCGGACCACUGUGGAAUACCUCGUGAACCUUCUGGAGACCGAGAGCUUCCAGAACAACGACAUCGAUACAGGGUGGCUGGACCACCUCAUCGCUGAGCGGGUACAGGCAGAGAAGCCGGACAUCAUGCUCGGGGUGGUGUGUGGGGCCUUGAACGUGGCAGAUGCGAUGUUCAGAACCUGCAUGACGGAUUUCUUGCACUCCUUGGAAAGGGGUCAGGUCCUCCCGGCUGAUUCUCUGCUGAACAUUGUGGAUGUUGAGUUGAUUUAUGGAGGCGUCAAGUACAUCCUCAAGGUGGCCCGGCAGUCCCUGACUGUGUUCGUCCUCAUCAUGAAUGACUGCCACAUCGAGAUCGAUGCCCACCGGCUGAACGAUGGGGGGCUGCUCCUGUCCUACAAUGGUAGCAGCUACACCACGUACAUGAAGGAAGAAGUGGACAGUUACCGGAUCACUAUUGGCAAUAAGACGUGCGUGUUUGAGAAGGAGAAUGACCCCACGGUCCUGAGAGCCCCCUCGGCUGGGAAGCUGACACAGUACACGGUGGAGGAUGGAGACCACGUGGAAGCUGGGAGCAGCUACGCUGAGAUGGAGGUGAGGGAGAGACAGCCCUGGGGCUGUGGGGUGCAGUCCCGAAACCCCGCCCCUCAGCCAUCAGGCCCCCUAGACCCCGCCCCUCGUCCAUCAGGCCUUGCCUCUGCCCUUGGCUUGGGAGGUUCAGCCUAA